UGUUAAGGGGAAGGCAGGGGAUACCAAGUUAGGAAUUUUUCUUUAGUAAUUGUGCUUUUCUUAUGAGUUCUUUAUCUUAUAGUUAUCUUAUUGCAGCUGUGUCACAGCAAUGGCAACUACAGUUUUCCAGGAGUUUCAAGAAGACAAUACGUAUUCACCGUUUUUGGCAGAUGACUUUGAUGUUCAAAAGCAUGCCAGCCAGUUGGUUCAGGGUGUCAUUAUUGCAGAGCAACUGAAUAAACUUACUUUAGGAAUCAAUCGACUGGAGCGUGAGAUUGAAAGUCAGGUUGGUAGUCACUACGAGGAUCUCCUGUCUCAGGCCACAGGAGUGGAGACUUUGGAAGAUGUGCUAAAUACUAUGCACACCAGAAUCCAGACAUUGUUAGCUGGAGUAGAGCGGUUAAGAGUGAGGGUGGUGGAUCCGUACCAGAGAGUAGAGAGACACACACUGGUUCUUGGCCGACUUCAAGCGACAUGUGAACUUCUGAGACGUGUCAUCCGUUGUCUGAUGUUGUCACAGAGGUUGCAGCAACAGCUAUCAAGUGAACCCAGGGAUAUUACCAAGGCUGCAAUUAGCCUCAGUGAACUAGAUCACUUGGGUCGAGAUGUGGAUCUGACAGGACUGGAAGUGCUAGAGCGGGAUCAGAGGCUGGUGCGACAAGCACGCUCAGAUGUUGAAAAACAAGCAGUUGUCAUGAUGGACCGGGGUAUGGAGCUUCAAAAUCAGACACAGGUUGGAACUGCUCUACAAGUCUUCCAUAAUUUAGGGAUCCUGGUACCAAGUGUAGAAAAAGUGUUGGAUACCCUGAUUACUAGACUUAACAAGAGUGUUUCACAAACCUUAGAUGUGAAUUCUCUCCUGCAGGUUUGCCAGGAUACUAGAAAAAGUGGUCCUGGGAAAGCUAUCAUGCCUGGGCCAGGGCAGUCAGUACAGUUCCGAGCCUCUCUCUGGUCUAACCUCGAGAAACUGAUGGACGAUAUUUACCAUGCUUGUGUGCAAACCUCACAUCUUCACAAGGUUCUAGCAAAGAAGAGAGACCCUGUGAGCCACGUGUGUUUUUUAGAGGAAGUACAGCGCCAUAGUAGAAGUGAUCUCUUUACAAGAGUAUGGCUUAAUAUUACCCGGAUCUUAACAGAAGAGUUCGCUAAAGCUGCUCAAGAGUCGACCUUCAUUCGUCAGUAUUUAGAAGUUGACUACCCCAAGCUGAUCCGCCUGUAUGGUGAUCUCUGGCGGAGGUUGAAGGGCAUUAGUAUGGAGAUGAGAAAUGUUAACACAGACAUCACAUCAUGUGUUGUAGAUGGGAAUAUUGAAGAUAAAGAUGAAGCUGAUAAUAUUGGUAGAAAUACCCAAGAAUUUGAUCCAGAACAAACUUUGAGAGGUAGUCUUGUACCCCUAGAGGAAGCCUAUUUAUCACGCUCUCGCUCGAGACUCUUAGAUCCAGUAAAUCUUAUGUUUGCUGCUCAGGAUGCACCACCUGCUAAAGAAGAAGUUGAUGCUCUUAUAAAAACAAUUACAAGUGAGCUGAAUGUGUCUGCAGUUGAUACAUCACUGAGUGAGACUGUCGCUCAAAAUGUAGCUGAAUCUCUUCAGUUGUUCUGUGUGAAGUGCAGACAGUUAAUUGUGACUAGUGGUGAGGCUAGCCAAGUUAUUGGUCCUCCCACACCUGCACAAAGCUUGAAUGGUGCAGUGGUAAAUCAACUUUUGUAUGUUAGGAGUCAAGUGGAGCGCACUGCAUCAGCCACCCUCGCUCACCUGCCUCAGCCUGUCACCACUAUGUUACUACAGGCAUUACCUUCCAUUGAUUCAGUGAUGUCUUCUGCAGUACAACCACUCUUUGAUUCCAUUACUGAUGCUAUAGAAGCUAUUAUUCUCACUGUGCACAGUGAAGACUUCUCAGGAAAUGACACUAAAGGAACGGAUUCGCAAUGUUCGCUGUACAUGAAGGAACUUCAGGGAUUCAUCACCAGAGCAGCAGAUGAUUAUCUCUGCAUCUAUCAUCCCUCAAGCAUCAUCAAGGAGAAGAUUCACACACUGGCCUGCCGUUGCUUAGAUCUGUUUGUACGUCAUGCAAGUUUACUACGACCUAUCGGUGAAGGUGGAAAGUUGCGUCUUGCUGCGGACUUUGCCCAGAUGGAAAUGGCAAUCAGUCCUCUGUGCAGUCGACCUUCAGAGCUCGGUCGACCGUACAGAAUUGUGAGAUCUUUUAGACCGCUGUUGUUCCAGACCAUUCAACAUGUCAUUGCUUCUCCCAGCAUUGGAGAUGUUAUUCCCUACUCUACUGUUCUACACUUCCUCUUUGCCAGGGCCCCACCGGAGUUAAGAUCUCCCCAUCAAACUGCUGGCUGGUCUGUUAGUCGCUACAGUAACUGGUUGGAUGAGCACCAGGAUGAGCGAGAGCGUUUGCAACUUGUCAGAGGGGCUCUGGAAGCUUACGUGGCUAGUGUCAGGUCACGCCACCUUACACAGUUUGCUUCAGUUUAUCCUCCUAUGCUCAAACUCCUAGAGAAGGGAAUGGUUGCUCAUGGACUAACAACAACUUCAUAGCCUUAUUCAAAGUUUAUCUGUGUAAUGUAAUUGUCUAAAUGGGCAUCCUGGGAAUUGUGUAUUGCUAAUAUUACCUGAUUUUGCAUUUAAUGUGGGAUGUGCCUACAGGAUGCUGUCCAUGACAGCCUAGUUGAUCAGGCAGUUAACAAGGAUUAUCUACUUCAUGCCAGGCUGUGAGAGUUGAGGAAACUUCUAAAUUGGUUUCAGGUAUCAUGUUUUUAAGAUUGUACAAGAGUAAAUUUUUUAACUUUU